UAUCAGCUCUCAUUUCUCAUCGCUCGAAUGUCGAUAUUUAUUCACGCCGCGUACUCCGAUCGGACAAUCUUCAGUUUGGAGCCAAUCCCAGAAGGAUGACCGAAAAGAAGCCAGCAAAGUUUGUUUUCGAUUUUCGAAAGCUAAUCGAAACAUUCAUUGAGAUUUGUCCGGACUUCAGGGACGAGCCGAACUAUGCAAAUGCCACAGUGAGUCGCCGUUUUGCCGAGCAGGUGAUCUUCGAGUGCAGCAGGCAGGCCAAGUUGGCCAAGAGCCAGGGCAAGAACGAGCUUUGGAAGUUGACGCUGGACACCAAAGGCGAGCAGGGCAAGUCGCUAAAGAACAAAGUGUUCAUAUCGCUGAAUGCCACAAAGCCGCCGCCGCAGCAGCAGCAGCCGUUGGUGUUGAAUGGCAUUCUGGAGCUGACCUUCAAGCAGGCCAGCCUGUUGGCGGUGGCCAAGUAUUGCCAAAUAGUGCCGCAUCUCGUCGAGCGCCAAGAGAUUGUGCUCACUCCGUUGGCUGGCGCCGUUUUUGCCAGGGAGGACAUGCCGAAGCUGGCAGCAGCUUUGGGCGAGCCGCUGCCUGAACUGUUGAUGGCGAUCAUCAGUAGCUGCCAAACGGAUGGAUACUACCUGGAGCACAGUCGCUGUUACAUUGCGGUCGCGGGGCUUAUUAAGACGGUGUCCGAUUUCCAAAUGCGAGCAUCCAUUGUCAAGAAGACCAUUAAGAUGUACAAGCUCCAGGGCAAGGACCUUGACAUGGCCAAGUUUGAAAUAUGCAACAAGUUCGUACAGUCCAGCAACAGCGCAAUUAAUCGCCCAAUCCGUGUGGACGAUGAAGAGGUUGACAAUCUCGUUUCACAGUUAAUGUCGUUCAACCUGAACAGGAACAUGGAACCGCCGUGCCAUCCUUUGGCUAACAACAGGGGCCAGAUACGGAAACAUCAAAUGAAAUGUGCAGCAAGCUUUGGAAAACCCGCUAAAAAGUGAAGGCAACAAUUUCUGAGUAACCGAUGCGUGAAAAAUAAAACUGAAGGGAAGUAUACCUUAAAUCCUUUAAGCCUUGUCAUAUCACACACUGUAAAGUAUGACAACAAUCUUGAAACUGGAUAAAACAUUUGGUUCCCUUGCCUCAUUCUGGAGCUAUUCUGGAUACAAUG